AUGUUUGGAGGGAGCAAGCAGAGUAGAUUGAGGAAAGCUCUCGGAGCCAUCAAAGAUACCACCACGGUUUCAUUGGCCAAAGUCCACAGUGAAUAUAAGGAACUGGAUAUUGCUAUGGUGAAGGCCACCGAUCAUUACGAACGCCCUGCAAAGGAAAAAUACGUUAAAGCGAUUUUAGCUGCCGUUUCGGCUACUAGGCCUCGGGCCGAUGUUGCCUAUUGCAUCUAUGCUCUUGCACGACGAUUAUCAAGGACACGUAAUUGGGUGGUAGCACUGAAAACUUUAAUAGUGAUUCAUCGUGCUCUGAGGGAGGUGGAUCCUACAUUUCAUGAAGAAUUCAUUAACUAUGGCAGAAGUAGACGCCAUAUGCUUAACCUGUCUCAUUUCAAGGAUGAUUCCAGCUGCACAACAUGGGAUUAUUCUGCUUGGGUUCGCAGUUAUGCCUUGUUCUUGGAGGACAGGUUGGAAUGUUUCCGCAUCUUGAAGUAUGAUAUCGAGAUGAUCGGCCCAAGAACCAAAGGUUUGGACACUGCAGAGGCGCUUGAACAAUUGACAGCUUUGCAACAACUUCUUUUCCGUGUUCUUGGCUGUCAGCCAAUAGGGGCGGCCGCUCAUAAUCUUGUGAUCCAGUUGGCACUUUCUUUGGUUGCUUUAGAAAGUGUCAAUAUUUAUCGAGCUUUAAGUGAUGGUACAAUCAAUCUCAUGGACAAGUUCUUUGGCAUGGACCGCCCUGAUGCCAUGAGAGCUUUGAAUAUAUACAGGAGAUCCAGGUAUCAGGAGGAGGGGCUUUCAGAAUUUUAUGAAGUGUGUAAAAGACUUUAUAUUGGGCGUGGCGAUAUGUAUAUUAAGAUAGAGCAGCCCCCUGCAUCCUUUCUACAAGCAAUGGAAGAUUAUGUAAAUGAAGCUGCACAAGCUUCAACAGUGCGCAAAGAUCAGCAGAUUGAAAACCCCAAAAAAGUGUUGGCCGUUGCGUGCAAGAAAGCACCAGAGGUGGAGCAAUGGUCAUCACCUCCUCUGCCUGAACCGGAAGAAGCGGAGAAAGUAGAAGAGCCUAUGGUUGAACCGCUUGAUUUGUUGGGUUUAAACAAUCCUGCCCCGGUUGCAUCGAAAUUAGAUGGGAAGAAUGCCUUGGAAUUGGCUAUUGUUCCUCAAACAAAUUCUCCAGCUGCUUCUUUUCAAGCAAACGGUACUACAGGCUGGGAAUUGGAGCUUGUCACUGCUCCAAGCUCGAAUGAUAAUGCCACUGCCACUUACAAAAUGGGCGGAGGAUUCGACAAGUUUAUGUUGGACAGCCUGUAUGAGGAUGCAUUAAUCCAAUGUGGCUACCAGAAAGUCAGCUAUAAUCCAUGGGAACCACCUCCAACAUGUAAUGUCAUGAUGCAUGACCGCUUUUAUGGCUCCAACACGGUUGCUGUUUCACCUUCGGUCCAGAUGUCCACAGCGGCCAAUCAGCAUCAGGCUUUCAUGUUGCAGAAGCCGAUGAUGAAGAUGCUGGGUCCGCAACAGCCGCCUUCUAAUUCUUUUGGAUAUCCUUAUGGAGCCAGUGUCCACCCUUACUACUCAGGUAUGUCUGUUCAACCAUAUACAGGCCUUAUAUAGAUACGUCGGAUGAAC